GGAAACUGCACCAAGGUGACAGAGUUCAUUCUCACGGGAUUUGCAGAAAGUCUAGAGCAACAGCUUCCCCUUUUUAUGGUGUUCCUUGUAAUCUACUUCAUCACCUUUGUGGGAAAUCUGGGAAUGAUCGCAUUAAUCAGAAUGAACUCCCGGCUUCACACACCCAUGUAUUUCUUUCUGUGCAACCUGUCUAUCAUUGACAUCUGUUACUCAUCUACCAUCACUCCAAGGAUGCUGAUGAACUUUCUAGCAGUUGGCAAGUCAAUUGCCUUCAAUGCAUGUCUUGUUCAGCUUUACUUCUUUGUUGCCUUGGUGUGUUCUGAAUGUUUCUUGCUGACCACAAUGGCAUAUGAUCGUUACAUAGCUAUCUGUAGCCCAUUGCUCUAUUCAUCAAUUAUGUCGCAAAGAGUCUGUUUCCCUUUGGUUGCUGGUUCAUAUCUCACUGGCUUCACAAAUGCCUUGAUAACGGUAUGUUUUUUAAGCAGGUUGCCAUACUGUGGCUCCAACAUCAUCAGGCAUUUCUUCUGUGAUACUCCUCCAUUGUUAGCACUGGCCUCUAAUAGCUAUAUUGCUGAAACAGUCAUUUCUUUUCUAGCUGGUCUCACCACCAUUGGAUCCCUAUUAAUCAUCGUCCUUUCUUAUACCUUCAUUCUGUCUGCAAUUCUGAAGCUCCGCUCUGCUCAAGGCAGACACAAGGCUUUCUCCACUUGCUCCUCUCACCUUACAGCUGUCACUGUCUUCUAUGGAACUCUGAUAUUUACAUAUCUACGUCCUAAUGCAAGCUACUCAUUGGGUCGGGACCAAGUGGCUUCUGUGUUCUACACAGUGGUGGUUCCCAUGAUGAACCCUUUGAUCUACAGCUUGAGGAACAAGGAUGUGAAGGAGGCCUUCAAGCACUCAAUGAACGUAAAAAUGUUUUCACAAUGA